CUUUAGUUCGUAAUAUAAAAUCUGAAUAAUGCGAGUUUUAUGUGAGACGCAUAUUGUUCAAAUAUGAUAAAAGAUGAACAUUGAUCUGAUACGAAUUGCGUAGGAUUGAACCUGAUGCAGGACUGGAAAAAUGUGUAAUAUUACAAGUGGACAGUGCACACAGUUGUUAGUUACCGCAACUGCGUCGUGUUUUAAAAGUGGUUAUAAAGAAUGUUUAUGUUUACAUGCAUCGAUAAACUUCUUGGAUUGUAUUACCUCAUUGGCCACAAUUUGAAUAGAGUAUAAACGAAAGAGUGAAUUAUCUAUAGUUGACUUGUUGAUUGAUAAGAACAGAUACACAAAACACAAAAAUGGAUGUUGAAACGGACGAAAAUCUACGUUUUAUUAAACUGGUGGAUGGUUUAAUCAGCGUUUCAUAUCUUAUGUUUAAGUUAAUGUUAAAAAGGUGUGUUCUAAUAUCUAAACCGGCUGAAACAGAAUCAACGGAAUCUUGGACUCUGGACGAUCUUUUGUUUGAAAAGAAAAGUAAAAUUUUGAGUCGGGAGACAGGCAAGGCUAAAGAGAAGGUGUUCUUUCCUGGUCGAAAGAAAGACACCAAUGUUGAAAACUGGGACCUGAACAUGUUUUGCUUUAUUUUGUCAGAGAUCUGUGACAUUCCCGAUGAAACGAACGUUAAACAAGCGGUGGAAAGUUUGAAAUCUUUAAAGGAUAUACUAUUUCAGAAUGCUCGAGCCAAACUUUCUGAAAAUGAAUAUGCGAAAUAUUCUCGGCUGCUAGAAAAUGCGACAGACACAUGCAUACGUUUUAUAGAAGACGAUUCGGAUCGGGAAGAAAUGAAAACAAAAAUAAAGAAAUUGUAUGACAAAGGAAUAGAGGAAGUAACACCGCCAAAUGACCAGUUGAUACAUGUUCUUCAAAAUUGGCAUAUGAAUGAAAAAUACAAUAAAGAAAUACUUCAAGAACUUCCACGUGAUGCUGUAGACAAGCUUGAAAGAGCGGCCAGAAUUGUAAGCCUGCGUGAUGAAAGGGAUAAAAGAAGGCAAAAGGGAUCGACAGAAGUGCUGCCUCCCAGGGCAGAUAUAACCCCAGAGAUCAAAACGACAUUGCUAUUCAAGCCAGAGGACCAUAACACAACACACGUCGUGUGCAAGAUGUUUCGUGAAGAAACCGCACCAAAGGUGGCGUGCCCACCAUGGCCACCGGAACACCAAGUUUUGAAAAGGGCUGUCGGAGAGGUCUGCCAGAAGCUUACAAAAAUGAAAAUUAAACCGAAGGCUAUCAGAAAUGCCUGCGUUGAAAUUACGAUGCAAAGUGAAUCUAUAACGGCGAUGAUCACAUUCCUGAAUAUGUAUGAAUCGCGCGAACUGGACACAGUGUUUCGGCCUGUCAUUGAUGCCAUACAAGAACUUCCUGGGCAUGAGAGUUAUUCCCAAGAAAUUGUCAUAUAUAAGGAAGAUUUUGAUCAGUGUGUUACAGAUAUCGCAAACCAUCUUGACGAGAUAGUUGAAGAGUUUGGUGAUGAUUUAGAAAGCUUGACACUUGGACCGAUUAAUGAGACCAAAGAAGGAGCUGUUGAGGUAGUGCUUACAAAUACUUUCGGUGAAAUGGAUGUCAAGUACAAUGAAGAAAUCCACGACAUAUUCGCAAAGCUACAUGAGGCAGCUAGGACAACCUUUCCAGACCAAGAAUUGAUUGUUGAGAUACGACUUGCGGAUUUGUUACAUGAGAAAUCUAAAUCCGGUUUUAAACCUGUUGACGAACGAGACAAUUCCAUCCAAGAAAGAUCUAUGACGGACGUAACGAUCAGAAAAAAGAUGCUCAAACACGCCCAAUCGUCGGGUGAGAUUGAUUCUGGUUCAACGAUUAUACCACCAGCAAAAAGAUCGCAAUCGGAACUGUCUCCGUCUAGUCGGAUACCAGAGAAAGACGUACAAACGAAGCUAGCUGAUACGAUCAAUAUGAAAAUGGAAGGCGAUGUGGAGCCUGCAAUAACCGGCCUUUGUCAGUUGUGCCAGGAGACAAUCAUAGCUUGCGAUUUGAAAAACAACAGCGUUAAACUUGUUGAUCUAAACGCAGCUAAAUGCGUAGCAGUAUUACGCAUUUCUCAGCGUAAAUGCUAUCCUUGGAAUGCAUGUGCGGUAAAUGACCAUUCCGCAGCAAUUACCGUCCCAGAAGCUGGAAAAGUGGCACUUUUUGUUGUUGAAGAAGAUGGUUUGAGAGAGGAGAAAUCGUUUUUUGUUGGCAAAGGAUGUAGGGGAAUCGAUUUCAAAUCUGGAACGUUCUACAUCUCGUUUGAGAGUCCCCGUGCACGGAUAGAAUUUGGAGACGACCUUGGAAAUCUUAAAUAUGUCACUGAAAAGAAUGAAAAAAUAUUCCAAAAUCCAUGGUGUUUAAAACUGGGAGAUGGCGGAAAACGUCUUUAUGUGUCAGAAUCAAUGAAUCCAAGGUUGAUCGUUCUUGAAAUUGAAGAAGGUGAAAUCACAAAAGUUCAGGCCUUGCCAACUGAAAAGCACAUAAAAACGCAUCGAGGACUUGCAAUUGGGCCAAAUGGAAACGUAUUUAUGUGUGGAUAUUUAAACAAUGUUGUUUGUAUGAUCCAUACAGAAACAAGGCAGACAAAAGUCGUCUUAAACUCAGAUGAUAUCUCCCCUCCAGACAGUGUUCUUUAUUUGUCGGACACAGAAGAUCAACUUCCGAAUAGGAAAGGUCAGCUUGUCGUUGGCAUGUACAACUGCAGUGACCUGAAAAUAUUUGAUAUGCAUAUGUAAAUCAAUACGAAAUACUGACAUUAGUCGGUAUAAUAUCGACAACUUCUUAAUACGAGCUUUUCAAAGUAAACUUUGAUGUUUGAACCUUUUUCUGAGGGUCAUUCUCGUACACCAGAACGAUAAUACUUUGCGUGCAACAUGCGUUAGAUUUAUCCUUAUCAAACCUCGUACGUAUGUCACUGAAAAAAAAGAAUUACAUAUUUUUCAAAACCCAUGGUGUUUAAAACUGGGUGAUGACGGUAAAUGGCUUUAUGUGUCAGAAUUAACGAAUCCAAUGUUGAUCGAUCUUGAAAUUGAAGAAGGUGAAAUCACAAAUGGAAACGUAUUUAUGUGUGGAUAUUUGAUUAAUGAGAAUACUGAAGAUAAAACAAGGGAAAUUAAUGCAACUGCAAAUGACACUAUAACAUAUGUAUCAACUUUUUCUUAAGUUGGAUUUUCUUCUACACCACUAUUGUAUGGUUCAUGCACUAUGUUUAAAGAGUGAGCAUGCUUUGAUACCGUGGGUGGGUUUGGUUUCUAAAUGUAGCAAAUUGUUUGGUUAAACUAUUUCAUAUGUUUCAACAGUUUUCGGAUAUGUUAGGGAUGACCAAUAUUUAUUUUGAUCUACAAUCCCUUACAAAUCAUUUAUAUGCUAGCAGGACUUGCAAAUGCCUAGUUCUUAUAAAUGGAAGACCAAUAUAUUGGUGUUCAGAGACAAGUUACAUUUUAGAAUAUAAAUAAUAUCCAAAAAACAAUUGUUGUCGGAUUAUUGUUCCGUCAUGGAAACCCAUAAGUAAUAAUUUUGUUUUACUCCAUAACAUUUGACAUAGAAACUGCUUUGCAUGCACUUGCAUUCGUUGUUUUUACAGACGCCAUGACGAGCAAACAAUUGAAAUCACGCGAAAAAGUUCCUAAUAACAUUGUAUGUUAACAUUGUUGACUCGACUUCUAUGGGGGUUUAUGAUAGACUUAACCAGCACUGUCCACAACAGGAAUCACGUGUCAGGUAUGAUGGAUUAACAUGCUUGAAUCGAGAAUACCACUCAUGACUUAGAAUACAACCUACAUUAUUAAGCACAUGUAAUUGCAGAUAGUCAAUUCAUUAAGUACUAGACUAAAUCAUUACGAAUUUCACCUUUUGCGGUGUGUAAAGGUCCGCCCACUGCCACUCUUCCGAUACACACUCCCUGCGUCAGAUUUUGCGUUGUCAAUGUAUCAGCCAAUUAGGUUGUAUGCUAAGUAACUCAGAUAACCUGAAGUAAUUUCUUAAUAGUUAAUAGGGCUCGUUCGCCUAAUCUUCUUAUUUAAGAAUUUACUUCCUGUCAUCUAACUAUUACUUGUUUGUAAUUUUACAAUGAAUUACGCGAUCUUCAGAUUUUUCAAAAAUAAUUUAAAUAUAUCCUUAUGUGAGUCGAUUGAGAAUUCUCAUGUCACCCUGUAAUAAUGUUAAUUUUAUUCUUGAUAAUAUCAAGAUAAACUCGGCAAACAUAAAACUUAAUAGCUUAACAUAUCAUGAAAUUUGGCUUUUCUGUCUAUAUAUUGAAAUAACGAAUUUUACACUUUUAGACACCAGACCCCUACCCAUAUCAAAUAUGUUUAAAGGCGAUGUAAAUUAUUGAUGAAUUGAAUUUCAUAUACAGUUUAGGGUAGGUAAGGGUUUACGUUUUUAAUAAGAUGAGACUUGUAUCUUAUGAAUAACUGUUUUGAAAUAUCGAUAAACAAGCGCUUUGUCGUAUUGCUCAGUAUACUUGCAGUAUACAUUUAAAGGUAAAGCUAACUAAACGAAUGGAACUGUUUUUUGUUUAAAAUUGAACUUCAUUACGAACAUAAUGAUACACAUCAACUGUAUAUUUUGAUUGCUUGAAUAUAUAAAUCAUUAUUUGCCA